UUACGAUCAAAAUGUUCAUUAGAAUCACGACUAUUUUGUUGAUCUUUUUGUUCCCGUAGAAUCGAUAGAAAUUUUGUAAUUUUCAGCCCAGAAAGUACGAAAGAGGAUGGUAGAUGAAGAAAUAGAAUUUCCUGUGAGAUGGCGGAAAAGUUCAAAGAGAAGACCUCAAAGUGCUAGGGAGCAAAGAAAAUCAAAUGCUGUCACAAAACUUGGGGAUACAUCAAACUUCCAAACGUCAAAGUCCGCAGGGAGACUUAAGACCAAGCAGAUCCUCCGUCAAAAUUCGUCAGCUAUUCGCACCGACACUUCUGGUGCUGCCAUUCAAACCAUUAACAACAUACUCAACGGUAUAACCGAGUCUGUUAACAGACUGACAGAGCUGCAGUACACCGCACCUGAUAAAACGCAAUCAGGUCACUUCCAUACCGUCAAGUUAUCCAGAAAGACCUCGGAGGUUGAACGAGUGCUAAAACCGCCUGUGGUCAAGAUCAGAAGCCUGAGGAAGAAGGUCAAGGCUCUGUCCUCGAAACUGUCCCCCAUAACCUCAUCCUGGUCGAACUUGUCGCUCAAGUAUAGCGGCCGGAUGUCAGGGAAGGUGAGCGACAAGAAGGUCCAGAAGGAGAAGACGACGACGGUCGAGAGGAUGAAUACCGAGACGGUGGACGCGUCUAGCUCCGCGCCGGUCAAGAAGAAGCUGAAGCCCUACACCAAGACCCACGUGGAUCGACACUACGGAAACGUCCCGGGCAAACCUUUCGAGUUUUCCCCCCAUAAGCUGGUGGAGAUAUACCAUAACAACGCGGCCAAGGAGAGCGAUUCGGAGGAGGAGAAGAAUAGGUCGAAAAUUCACGUGAAGGUGAAAUCCGACGGCGUUCCCCACAUCAAAAUCCCUUGUCACGAUUGCGGCGACUGCAAGGAGACGAAGAAUUGCAACCAUCUGCGCGAGGAGAGCUACGAGGAGCCAAACGCGCCCCGCGCCUUCUACGCCAACAAGAGCUACGAGCUGCCCACCAUAGCGUCGAAGAUGAAGCAGGCCGUCAAGCUCGACUUUAACAUGUUCAACUUCAAGGCCAUCCCCUUCUGUCCCGUGUCCUCGACCACCCCGAGUCACAACAUCGGCAUCAACAUACAGCAGGUCAUGAGCAUCAUCAAGACGCGUCAGCCGGUCCAGGGGAUCUCCCCCACCCUGGCGCACAACAUCAACCUGGCCGCGGAGAAGCUGAACCACGACCCCCUGACCUCCUUCGUGUCCAGUAUGACGUCCAAGAUGGGUUACGGAAGAUCCGUCUGUCCACUGAACAAAUACUCCCUCAACUACCGCCAUCUGGAGGAAAUGGCGCGAACUGUACCGGAAGAGGCGACGGACGAGUGCGACGUUGGCAACGACGUGGGCGGUCCGUCCGGAGACAUGCAAGCGAGGGCUCCCCCAGGGCCCAGUCAGUGGACCACCGACAAUAACAAGAGGAACUGCACCUGCGCGCCGGCUACCGGGGUGGAUUUUCAUCAAGUCUACAAUAAGUACCGUAACCAACCCUCGUCUUUCGACAAUAAGAAUCAUUACCCCCGUCAUCCGCCCAACACGGCCAAGUCUUUCGUCUGCAACGAAUCGAUGUCCAGGAGGAUGAGGCCGACCAGCUGCGUGGACGGACGCCUCCAACAGGCCGAGACUGUCUACAUGCAGGACAACGUCUGCUCGGGCACGCCGCUCAACGGCAAAGAGAAGAACCUCAAGGACGUGUUGAUGAACUUGCACGACGAUUUCGACGCCAUGAACAAGAGAUACGAAACCUUAUCGAACCAGGUGGCCGCUGGGGAGGGGUCAAAGGAGGCGGUGGACGAGCUGCAAGAGUUGGAGUCGCAGCUCAACAAGAAAGAAGAAGAAAUAACCAUCGUUAUGACCCUCUACAAGGAGGUACUGGCGCUGAAGCAGCAGGUGAAAGAGCUGACCAGACGUAGCGCGGAGAAUAACGCAUUCAGGCAGUAUAGGCCUGAAGAUUACAGCUCGAAAACUGCUCAGCACAUCACGAAACUGCUGCAGCAGAUUCAGCAGUAUCAUACUUAUUAUAGGAAUGGACAAAAUGGUUAUCUCAAUAUGUAGGAUAGGUAGUGUGUCAUAAUAUGUGAAAUAAAAUUGUUUAGAGGAAAA